AUGCAAUUUCUCUCCCUCGCUGAUACUCCAUUGAGCGUCGUGCAAGUCGUUACCAAAAUUGGACUGGCAGCGUCCAGCGAUGAAAUAAGUUGGCAGGGCAAUUAAAAUUAACGUCGACAAUAGGGGCAGAUCCUCUGUUAUUUUGUUUUGCGACUUUGACACAUACUUUCUAAUCGAGCCUGUCCUCGUUUUCUCAUUAUCAAUAUUCCUUUUCUAACGUUAUUUCCGUUUUUAUUGUUGCAGCGAAAUCAGGAUGCACGGUCGGCUGCCAUGGAAGUGAGUAGAAACUAAGUUCUCUGCUUUUAAUCCCUCGAAUUAACUAAACUGCGAAAGACGCGACUUAACGUGUGUUUUUCUCUGUGUUUCUCGUCGUUAACAGUGCACCCGAACAAGGCAUAUCAGGAAGGGCAGACGUACGUAUACAACCUGGAAGGUACAUCGGUGACGUCUGUCACUGACGCGCAAGGAGAUGCGACUCUUAAACUGUCGGCCACCGUAGAAUUGUCCGUGAAACCGGAUUGCGUCCAUCAACUGCGGUUGAAGAACGUCCGGAUCAACGGGGCGCCGCCAUCGACGCCAGACGUUGAGCGAUUUGCGGUCCAAUUCAAUUACCACGAUGGCCACAUCGACACCCAGCUCUGCACCGAACCAGGUGACUCCCAAGCGUCUCUUAACAUCAAGAGAGCAGUUGUCUCCCUGUUCCAAUCGGCCGUUGUGCAGGAUAGCGGUUCGACGACACGCCACGAGACGGACGUGAUGGGAUCCUGUCCGACGCAGUUCAGCUUCCGCAAGGAGGGUGACUCGCUGAUCGUGAACAAGAACAGAAACCUGGCCGGGUGCGCGUUCCGCGAGAACGUGAACCACGCGCUCGUCUCCGGCAACACGGACACAACAGCCGGCGUGAAGUCCGCCCCUCUGCUCGCGUCCCAGCAGUCGAUCGAGCAACGAUUCAAACGCGGCGUUCUGAACAAGGCCGUGUCGAAGGAAGUGUACAAUCUCGUCCCGUUCAGCAACGGGAACGCCGGCGCCAAGACCAUCGUGGAAACAACGCUGACUCUGAAGAACCAAAAGGGCGACAGUCCUGCCGCGGCGGAGGUGUCUCAGCCCAAGUCGCUGAUCUUCGAGGCACCGCAUCCGGUGUUGCAAUCGUCCCCGGAAGCGAUCAACAACGCGCUGAAAGCCGCCAAGGCUGAAGCGGCCGGAGGCGUGAAGCCAGCGGCCGCUGCGAAAUUCGCCGAGCUGGUGAAGGUGCUGAGGCUGAGCAGCAAGAACGACAUCCUCUCCGUGUACCAGAAGAUCCGUCCCGACAAGAGCGAGCAGAAGCUGUUCCUCGACGGUCUGUUCCGAGCGAGGAGCGGAGAGGCCGCCGAGGUCGGCGUCGAUCUCGUCAAGAACAACGAGCUCUCGAGCGUGCAGACUCUUCUGUUCUACGCGAGCCUCACUACCAUCCGUCACGUGAAUCUGCCGUCGGUGGCCGUGGUGGCGACGCUUCUCGACCAGCCCGACUUACCCCGACUCGGCUACCUCGGUGUCGGACAGGUGAUUGGCAAGUACUGCCAGGACCAUCCCUGCGAGAACGUGCCGGAGGUGAAGCAGGCGGUGCACAAGAUCCGCGAGAAGGUAGGCAACGGCAAGACGAAGACCAGGGAGCAGGAGAACACGGUCGUCUCGGCGCUGAAGGCGUUGGGCAACACUCGGUUCCUCGACGACGCCACGCUGCAGAAAUUGGCCAACAUCGGCGCCGACAAGAACGUGCGGAACCGCGUGCGAGUGGCCGCCAUCGAGGCACUGCCGAACAGGUGCACGAUGAAGUGGAAGAACAUCCUGUUCAAGGUGCUGGCCGAUCGAGAGGAGGACAGCGAGGUUAGGAUCAAGGCGUACUUGUCACUGGUCGCCUGCCCCUGCCCGCACGUUGCCAAUCAGUUGAAAGAGACACUGGACAAAGAGACGGUGAAUCAGGUUGGAUCGUUCAUUCAGAGCCACCUGAGGAACCUGAGAGCCUCGACCGAUCCCAGCAAACUCGACGCGAAGGCUCACCUUGGACAGAUCAAGCCACGAAGCAAGUUCCCCGAGGACUUUCGCAAAUUCUCCUUCAACAACGAGCUGUCCUACAAGAUCGACUCGCUCGGCGUUGGCUCGACUCUCGAGAACAACGUGAUAUACAGCCAGAACAGCUUCGUGCCGCGUUCCACGAGCUUGAACAUGACCAUGGAGCUGUUCGGCCGGAAUUUCAAUUUCCUCGAGCUGAACACGCGCGUGGAGAACCUGGACCGGCUGCUCGAGCAGUACUUCGGGCCGAAGGGCAAGAUCUGGGAGAAGGACUUGGAGGACUUGAAGACGGGCGCGAACGCGGCUAACAAGCUCGGCAAGUACGCGAAGGAACGGUACGAGAGGAUCGUCAGGUCGAGGCGCGAAGUGAAGCAGGGAGAAUUGGACAAAUUCGCGAAGAACGUUCAGCUGAAUCACAACGAGGUCGAUCAAGACCUGGACGUCGACCUGUCCGUCAAGUUGUUCGGCGUGGAGCUCGCCUAUCUGAGCUACCAGGGCGACAGCAACAAGCUGAACCCCGAAGCGAUCAUCGACAAAGCGAUCGACCACCUCGAGAAGGGCUUCAACGUCGUCAAGAACCUGAACUACGACCUCGAGAACUAUCUGCAGUUCCUCGACAGCGACCUUGUCUAUCCGACCGGGUUGGGAAGCGCGCUGAGCCUCGGUCUCACUGGCACGAGCGCGCUUCGUUUGAAGACCUACGGGAAACUGGAUCUCCAAGCUAUCCUGAAGGAUCCGAAGAACGCCAACUUUAGAGUCGCGAUGGAGCCGAGCGUGUCCGUGAGAAUCGCCGGGAACCUGGUGGUGCAGGCGCCUGGUGCCGAAUCUGGCAUGAGGAUCGUCACCACUCUUCACACAGCUACCAGCUCCGACAUAUCCGUCGCUCUGUUGGACGGCCACGGCGUCGACAUCAACUUCGGCAUCCCCAAGAAGAAGCAGGAGAUCGUGAACGUGCAGAGCGAGGUGUUGCUCUCCUCUGGCGCCAAAAGGAACGAAUACGUAGCUCCUAAGUUCGUCAAGGGCAAAGAAUAUUCCGACUGUUUCGAACAACUGUCCACCGUUCUCGGCAUAACCGUCUGCGGGCAGGUUUCAUACCCUCACGGUGGAGACUCCAGCAGCGUCGGCAAUCCGAGCAGACCUCUGUUCCCUCUGAACGGACCGGCCAAGUUCGCGGUCACCUUGGAGAACAACGACGUCACCAGCUACCGAUUCAAACUGGAUCUCAACGUCCGGGACGAGAAGAAACGUUCGUUCGAGAUUCUUCUGGACACGCCGAACAGCAAAACUAACAGACGCGUGGCGCUGAGCGUGGAGGCAGGCCUCGAGCCCAACGUGUACGUCAGGGCGGCCUUCAACUCGCCCAUCAAAACCGCCACGGCGGAGGCCGUGCUCAAGAACACGGCCAAGGAACGCACGCUCACUGUUACCAUCAAUCACGAUCAGAUGGAGUUCCGCGGUCGCGUUGGACUGUUAGCCAGCGGCAGCAAAUACACGCCUGUGUUCGAGUACAAGCUGCCGGAGCACAUUCAACAGUUGGCCAGCGCGAGAACUGGCCUCGGGCCGAGUCAACAGUACAACGUGGAGGGCUCGGUCGACGUCUCGAAUCACGAAGGUGGCCAGAAAUACGUGUUGGACAAGGUGGCCCUGGUCGCUGGUGAUCAGAAGCUGUUCGUCGUCGACGGGACACUCGCGUGGACGCCCAACAGCGUCAAGGCGGACACCACUGUCGGCUACACCGACAAGAACAUCGCCUUCAAACUGGACGGCAAGUGGAGCAAGAACGACUUCAAACUCUCCGUUUCCGGCAUGCCGUCCAGCGAUCCCAACAUUGGAUUCAACUUGAACUGGGAGUUGAAGAGAGGCGAGAACGACAUUGACCACAAGUUCGUGUUCAUUCACGGAGCCGAUCCAAAUUCCGAGAUCAACCGGCUGUCUUUGAUACAGUCGGCCGUUUACAAGCUCGAUCCCAAGAAUCUCCUCGUGAGCGCGUCCAGCAAGCUCACUUACCCCGUGGUCAAUUUGAAAUUGAAAGGCGAAGGGAAACUGACCCGCAAGUCGGUCAGCGCGUCCCUCGAAGCCAAGUACAAAACGUUCAAGUACGGGACCGAACUGUCCGCCAAGAUGGACACGGAGAAGCCCGGCGACUACGAGGUCGAGCUGGAGGCCGAGCUGAUGGAGAACAGCGUCGAGCUGAAGGCGAAACGCGUGGUGCUCGAGGCACGCAAGAGCCAGUUCACCAAUUCCCUUCGGCUGCAACCAGGCGGCAAGUACAGCGCCGAUGCGAUCGUCACUCACGACAUCGGCAGGAGCAACUUGAACCUGCAACUGGACGGACAGUUGGACCUGAACGGGAAGAAGGUGAAGCUCGGCACCGGCUUGCAGGCGAAUCCUCAACUCCUGAACGCGAUCGUCAACGCGAAAGUCGACGGCGUGACGUACAUCGACUUCGAUCUGAAGACCACGCGAACACCGAAUCCGAGCGGCACUCUGAACGUCGAUCUGAGGAACUACCUGACAGCCAGCGGCCAGUACUCUUACAAAGACCGCAAAGGAAGCGCCAACUUGGACGUGAAUAUUCCCAAGAUCAAUCGGAAGAUCAAGGCGACCGGCUCGCUCGUCGGUUCCGGUACCCAAGAGGUGCUGAACCUCGAGCUCCUCUACGACGCCGAGAAUGAUCCCAGCAAACGCGUCAAGGUGUCCAGCGUCUCCGACGUCACCGCCACGUCCCUCGACACGAAGAACGUGAUCGAGGUAUUGAACUACAAGCUGGAGGCGAACGUCAAGGGUCAGUUGCAGGGCAGCCUGAGAGAAGGUCAACUCCAAGUGGAGGCGGACGUCACUCUGCCAAACGGGCGACACCUCGUCUACAAGGGGAAACGCGAUGCCGCGAAGAGGGAGAACAAGUACGACGUGAAGGUGUCGAGCGAGUUGACCGACUACGAGCAGAAGGGCGGACCGUCGAGGAAGUUGGCCGUCAGUCUCGACCUGCAGGACCUCGACACGAUCGCGGCGACCUUCAAGGUCAACGGCAACGCGAACUACGUCAACAAGGAUGGCAAGGACGCGCGAUUGACGUGGAACGCGAAGAACCUGCAGCAACCGGACAACAAGAGGCUGACGGAAUUGAGCGUGGAGCUGGACGGAGCUAGAGUCCCGAGAAAGUUGCAAUUCCAGGUUGACUCUGUCAAGACCGACGGUGCUAGAACGUACAACGUCAAGUCGUCGUUGGGAGACGAUUUGUCAUUGUCGAGCAACGUAAAUCUAAGAAAAGGAAACAACGUCGACAAACCGUGGAGAAGGGACGGUGUGUUGGAGGUGAAACUACCCAGCGAGAAACUGAGUAACUUGAAACUGGAAGUUUCGUCGAGUUUGUUGCAUUCGGACGAGUCGGACGUCACGAAAGCAACGGACAGCGUGAGACUGACGUACAACAACGACAAAAAGAUCGAGCUAGACUCGGAACUGGAGCUGAAAGGAGUGAACAACGCGAUCACGAAUCCCAGCGAGGGUCAAGGGAAACUAGCCCUGAACAUUCUGGAUCUUCCUCGCGUGCAAUUGUCAGGCAAUUACAAGUACAACCCGACGCCCGAGAAGAAGACAGCUACGAUUGUUUUGGACGCCCAGUACGGGGAGAAGGCGAUCUCGUUCAGGUCCGACAACGAGUAUCUUCCCACAGUAUCCACCAUCAAUAUCAAGGCUAAAGGCAAUCUGCUCCUCGAGAAACUGCGCAACGUUGACUUGCAGCUCCUCUACACGAGAUUGGAAGAGGAGAACAAGGUGUCGAUCGACAGCAAAGUCGUUGCUGACGGCAACAAGUACACCCUGAACAGCGAGAUCCAGCAGCUGGACACGAGCAGCCUGUUCCACGUGGUGGCCACGUGCCCGAAUGGGAAAAGGGAGGUGCUCUCGAAAUUCCAGAAACUCAACGACAAGGAGUACCAAGGCGAAUGGAGAGUGGACACUCCGAAAGGGUUCGUGAAGGCGGACGCGCACGUGAACCUCGAGAGCAUCGACAAUUUCGUGAUCAACGCGAAUUUCGACAGCGACAAGGUCAAGCACCGCAAGAUCCACGCUGAGAUCGCCAACAAGCCAACGGCGAAGAACGGGAAAACCAUCACCAUCACGGUGACCAGCGACGGCAAGAACAUCGUGACCGGAAGUACGAACUACAAACGACGCGACGAGGAUGGUAAGAUCGUGGUGGAGGGCAACGGGAACUUGAAGGUCGGCGAGAAUACCCGAAGCUCAUCGUUCAAGUACACGCGGCAACAACUCAGCCGGGAGAAGGACGGAGAAGUCGGCGUGGCGAUAGUGUUGAACGCGAAUUUCGGCCCGUCCGCCAUCGUCGGCGAACUGAAACUCUCCAACAAGGAGCUGCACAUUUUCAAUAGCUACUGCGAGCAGAGCAAGGACUGCGCUCUCUUCAAGCUACAAUCCAUCGUCAACGUUCAACAGAAGACUCCGCUGAAACAUCAAGUGACGGUGGAAGUAGACCUGAAGAAGUUCAACGUGCCUGUGGAGUUUGGUCUGAAGACCAGUACCGAGCUGAAAAACCCGGUCUUCGAUCACACAACGAACCUCUACCUCCAUUCUUCCAAGGACAAGACUGAAUACACUUAUCAACUGUACAUACAUCCUAAAGAAGCAGGCAAGAACAAGGGAUACGUGGUUAUCGAAGUAGUUUGAAAGUAGUCGAUAGGGUUGGUUUGGUUUAUCUACGAUACUUUUCGUUACAGCUUCCAUAUUAACGUUGCCCUCUCGCGAGCUCGCCGCCAUUUUGACGUACGAUUUGCCAAAGAGCAAGCAAGCAGCGGUGUACAAGAUUGA